UUGAGUGGAAUGAAGAGUUUUAUGAAGCAGAGUAUCAAGAAGAAUAUGAAGAAUCAAGAGUGGAAUUAAGCUCUGAUGAAAGUGAUGUGAUUGAAUGGGUUGAUGAAGAAGGUGAAGCCACAAUAGAGUCACUUUAUGAAAAGCUCAUUGAUAACAUGCAAAAGCUUCCCAAAUCAAAUCGCCCAAACAUAUACUUAAAAAAAUCUAGAACCACAUUAUACCGUAAUAAAAAAGGAGGAGAAAAAAAUGCAAAGGAAAAUGGUUCAACAAUGCUUGACUACUUUCAUUCAGAAAAAGAUGAUUACAAUUAUGAUUCAGUUAGAAGGUUGCUUAAGAGAUUAGGUCUUGUUUAUUCAAAAUAUAAAAAAGGUUUAUACAUCGAUGGCCAUGAAAGACCAGAUGUGGUUGAUUUGGAAAAUUUCAUGCCAGCAUUCACAGGUGAUGAAAUGGACACAAGGAUUGAUCCUGAUCUUUCAGAAG